CAGGACGAGGGGGCCAAGGGAGGAGAAGCACGUGAAAGUCAUGGCAGUGAGGCUCCACUGCAAGCUCCAUGGCUGGACGCUCCCUCCUCGAUCAUAUGGCGUUGAGUCCCGCUAGUCAGCAGGGUACCAGUGCAUGCUCGUGCUUUGCAGCGCUCUAGCGUGAUCUGAGCAGCAGGCGCUUGAUAGAGUGCGAUCCAUGGCUUCAGAAACAAAGCUUUGCCUCUGUUCAAUCAUCCUCUCAUGCCUGAUCUUCUAUGAUGCGCAUGGGGCUGAUAAGUCAGAGUGGCAGCACUGGGACUCGUCAGAGUUCUACCAGGACAAGAACUAUCGGCCGGAGUUUAGCCACGGGAUGCCAGUAGAAAUGAAGAAGAUGCUACAAAACAUCAAGGGAGAGGGGCGAUUGUCUCGUGCUCAAAAGGCAGAAAAGAAGAAAGAGGAAAGAGAACCUAAAAUCCCGAGGAAGGUAUGGCAGGUGUACUGGGAAAUGCCUCUCAGUAAGCUUCACAAGCGCUAUUCCGAGACAUGGAACAACGAGAAUCCAGAGUACUCGGUUACACUCUGUAGCCCCAGACAGGCAAGGAACUUGGUAGACGAGUUCUAUCCCGAGCUGUUGACGAUCUACGACUCCCUCGGGCAAGAAUCGCGACAGGACUUGUGGUCAUAUCUCAUGCUGUUCAAGUUUGGCGGGACGUUCGCAACGGUCGACUGCACUUGCGAGCUGCCGCUGGAUGUGAUGCUUCUUCCGGACGACGACAUGGUCGUGGGGUACCAGCCUAGACUUGCUUCCAAGGUGCUUCAAAGGAAGUACGGGGAGGAGCAUCACGAUCUGAAACUACAGAACUGGUGCUUUUCAAGUAUACCUGGGCAUCCGAUUCUCAAGUUCAUGAUAGAAUACAUCAUCAAGAACGUCAAGACUGAAUACUGUAGAGAUAAUUUGUCUAUUGACAGCCUGCUCCGCUCGGGAGCAUCCCCUUUCAAUGUUGCCAUCGAUGCGUUCGAGCGAAACCCUGUCGACGGCUACUCAUUGCGUGUUGCAGCCAUCGGAUCUUAUGCUCUAGGACAAGUGUGGGGAAAGGGAGACGACGUUUACAUACCCUGUGCCGAGAAAAGACACGGAUUUGGCUUUUGGUUUGAUGACCGCAAGAAAAAGCAUGUAUGCGACUGCCCAACACGGAGACAGAGGUCUCGAAAUCCUCACAGGAAGAGCAACAACGGGAUGGAAAGCAUUGCAUUUGUUCGCAGACGACACAUCUACGGUGCGGGCGUUCGGUCGCUGGUCAAGAGGCCAGAGAGAGAAAUGAAGCGUAUGAGGGACCAGUCACUACUGCCCGUCAUGUUUGGAGCCAUAAAACAUUCCUAGAGGUC